ACAUACAUCGUCUGAUAGUCGAUAGAAUGUAUAUUAUGAUAGAAUUAAAAACAAACCUACUAUUUUCCCCCUGAAUUGUUUAUUUUAUUUUGUUGGGAAAAUAUUAUUAGAUCGUUUAUUUACAUGAUUAUUUUCUUCAAUUUACUAUUGUUUAGACACCUGUUAGUUAAAGAGGACUUAAUACGAAAGAUGUCACACCAGGUUUUUGUUUAUGGAACUCUCAAACGCAAUGAACCCAAUUACCAUUGGUUAACAAAUCCAGACCAUGGAUGUGGAAAAUUUGUAUGUGAAGGCUAUACAAAGAAUAAAUACCCUCUAAUUAUUGCAACAAAGUAUAACAUACCCUUUUUACUGUACAGCCCUGGUGAUGGGCAUCAUGUCAAAGGUGAAAUUUUUAAAAUUGAUGAUAUGAUGCUUAGUAAACUUGAUAUAUUAGAGGACCACCCAAAGUGGUAUAUCAGAGAAAUUGAUGACAUUAUUGUCAAGACACAAGGGACAAACAAAGAAGAAAUAAUGAAGUGUUGGGUAUAUUUCUUGAAAAACUUCAGAUCAGAUCUUUUAAGAAAACAGCUUUAUGACAACUAUUCCUCUAGUGGUGCGCAUGGAUUAAAAUAUUUGGAAAGGUCAAAGCGUGAUCCAACACAUGAUUACUAUUCUGAAAUUAAACAUAAGCCUUCAUAGACAUGAAAAUUUGGGCAUCAGUCUAGAUGUAAACAAUAUCUGCCUCUUGAAGCUAUUAAAUGUAUAGAAUGCUUAAAGAAUUUUGUUUGUGGCUAUUAUUUUAAAAUUACUUCUUUUCUCUUAUUCAAUUUCCUAAAUGGAAAGCAUUGGCAUAAUCAAUUCAUUUUUUUUUUAUUUUUUCAGUGAUAAUGAGGCCACAUUAGAGGAUUUGGAUGAAUUGUUAAAGAAAUAGUCUUCUUGUACCUAAUAAGAUGCACAUGGCUUUACAAUGAGAAAGAUAGAUACAAAUAACUAAAGGGCAUAUUGUGCAAUUUAUGGUUGAUAUUUCUUUUUUUUAUAUGAAAAUUAUAGUACAAAUGAGAGUAUUUAAAUAUUGUACCUAUUCCAUUCCUAUUCUAUGAGUAAUUUUAAUAAAUUUUAAAACUGUU